UUUUCGACCAUUUGUCCUUCGGUCUUCGACCUGUGACAAGCGUGUUGUGCUGUGCUCGACAGGUUCAACAUAUAAUCGAACUAAGGUUUCCUACAACAAGUUAACCGCUGUAGUGUACAGUAACUACUAAACCCCUACGCUAGUGUUUUGAUUGUUUCGAUUGAGCGCUACGAGUUUUUGUUUUGCCACGACUACCAACACCAGCACCCUUCUUCGAGUUGUGUUUCUAGUUGCUCUUGUCGAACUAUUAAAUCGCCUCCACCAUCUUAAACCUAGGUAUAGGAGACUAAUCACAGCUUUUUGGUAGGUGUUUGUAGAACCGAAAGCCAGCGAUGGAUGGAACGAACAGAAAUAGUACGAAACUAGAUAUCGAAGCGGCCAGACUGCAGUCCGCUGCCGCCGAGAAAGACAAACAGGAACAACAGGAGCCCAAGGAAAGCUACAAGAAACUAUCCGAAGCGGAGCUCGAUCAGGUCAACGCACGAGGCCCAACUUUGGAAACAAACGGUUCCACAAUGGUCCGUGAAAACGGCAACUACAAGGAUGGCGAAGACGAACGAAUGCUGAACGGGAACGGUGCUGGCGAUGCAGCCACCACCGAGAAGGACAAACUGGCCCAGAAGGAGGUGGAAGUAAAAUUCAUCUCCGAGCAGAAUGGCGACGCCCGGAUCGAUCUGGAGGUGGAACAGCAGCAAACGUUCUCCGGCAUGAGCAAGGAAGAGCUGAUGAAGUUUGCCAACGAUCCGUUCUGGAUUCGGCUACGUUGGUUCCUUUUCAUCCUGUUCUGGGGACUCUGGAUCGCGAUGCUGGCUGGUGCAAUCUAUAUUAUAAUGGAUGCACCGAAAUGUGCUGCCCCGGUUCCGUUGACCUGGUGGCAGGAGGGACCGCUGGUAAAGCUUGACGCCCAGGAUUACCGCAAUCAGGUGGAUGCGGCCGAUCGAUUCGGAGCGAAGGGGGUCAUCUACGAGCUUCCGGCCGAUGAAACCUAUCUGGUUAAUACGGCUUCCGUCGAGAAGAAAAUCAAGGAUCUGAUAGACACGUUUACUGCUAAAGACAUCAACGUAAUUUUGGACCUCACACCAAACUACGUAACCAAGGAUGACCAACUAUUCAAGGAGGCACUGGCCAGUGCGGAUUCACCGGCACGUUCGGCCUUCAUAUGGAAAGAUUCCGGCGCGGUACCCACCAACUGGCUGGCAGUGAAUGGUCGCGGUUCUGCCUGGAACGAAGUGAGCCCCCGUCAAUUCGUGCUAGCCCAGUUCGGAGCCGAUCGAUUGGACCUGCAGCUGAACGAACCAAUCGCAAAGGAAAAGCUUAAAACUGUGCUGCAGCACUUGGCUGGACUGGGAGUGCGUGGUUUCCGACUGGCGAACGCUAAACACUUCAUAGUCGAUCGGGAGGGUAAAAAUGACGUUGCUGCUGAGGUUGAAGAUAAAACGCUGGUGCACACGGACUACGGCUUCUGGACACAUGCCCACACGACCUAUCAGGACGGAUUGGGUGCUCUACUGUACGAGCUGAGUUCCGCAGUUAAAAAUGCAACAAACGGAGAAGGUUUCUUGUCAGUGAGCGAAGACAUUAUGCGACCAGAAGUAUUCGUCACAGACGGAAAACUUGGUAUGGACAUACCGGAGUUCGGUAAUGUUGAAAGUGUUCUCCGGCAGCCGCUGGGAGUCGAGUCGGCAAAGGCUCUCCGAGAUGACAUUCAAAAGACUCACGUGGAAAUUCAAAAGUACACCGCUGCGGAAGGUGGUAAACCUUGGGUGCAGUGGCCGUAUGAUAAAAACUCGCUAGAUCAGGUGGCUGCCUCGGAGUAUAAUGUUUUCAUGUUCCUACUGCCUGGCGUUCCUGUUGUCACACUGGACGUUCUUAACUACAGCAACGUGAGCCAAGCACUGAUCGGACAUCUGGAGAAGUAUCGUGCCUCACCAUCCUAUCAGCAUGGAACGUUUGCUAUUUACACCGACACUAACGGAACCUCCGUUGGAUACACUCGACAAAAAUCCGGUAAUCCGGGUUACUUCGUCGCGCUAAACCUGGCCGAGCAGCAGGUCGAGGCGGACUUUAGCCAAGUGGUCGGCAUUGCUGACGAGUUGACAGUGGUUCUCACUAGUGAGAACUAUCGUGUGCCAGAUAUUGGUGUCAAGAGCAAGCUUCCUUCGAAUGCAGUGCCCCUGUCCGGUCUGUCGGCUCUGAUUGCCACCUACGUACCGAAGCAGGGUUAAAUGUCCAAGGCAACGUAUUAAAAGUCCCCCAACUCAACCUUAGCAAAAAUUAAGGUGUUCUCAAUUGUAUCUAAUAAAAAAUGUUUUUGUCGUGAAUAGGACAAUAAUCUUAUCCAAAAAUUGCAAGCAAACAAAAAAUUUUCACUGUUUCUAAAACUCAAGCAUAUUGAAUGAAAGUCCAAUUCAAUAAAAUAAAGCUUAAUAAAUUGUAGGAAGCGUGA